UAAAAAAAUGAGUGAGAGGAACCAGAGGUUGAGACCAAGCCCAGCGAGUCAGGGAUCGGACUCGGCCGAGUCGGGGAUACUCAACGAGAGAAUAUUAAUCCUCGUGUUCAAGUCUAUAAAGUGGGAUAUCCACACGCUCUGCCUCGCCGCGUCGGUGAACCGGAAGCUCCGAGCGGUGGCGAAUCGGCUGUUAUGGCGGGAGCUGUGCUUAUUCCGCGCUCCGCGCAUGUUAUUAGCAUUGACUAACGGUGCGCCGAACAACCGCAUUGAGGGCGGGUGGCAAACACUCGCGAAGCUGAUGUUCUUCUGCUGCGGGUGCGUGUCGAGCACGCGGCACUUUAGGGUGAGCAGGCCGUUGCAGGGGCACUUCGUGAAGGCGUCGCGGUUCUCGAAGACUUCGGGUCGGAGCUUCUUGCCGAAGGCUUGUCGGGGCGACAUGCUGUUCAUGAGCGACCCGUGCGAGCACCCGAUGGGGACCGACGGCGGCAAAUCGGAGGACGAUUUGGGGAUCUACAGAGGCGUGUUCUGCGGGUUCAUGAGAUCCAGGACCAGGGCGUGUUUGAUCAGACGGCAGGUGGGGCUCGAGGAGAGGCUCCGGUGUCCCUACUGCGGGGCCCGCGUGUGGAGCAUGACGUCGGCUCGGCUCGUCCCCAAAAGCGCUGCUCGGAGGCUCGGCUCUCGUGACGGCGGUUUGGAGUACUUCGUCUGCGUCAACGGCCACUUACAUGGGGCCUGCUGGCUCGUUCCGUUGUCCGACGACGAUAACGAUGAAGAAGGAGGAGAAGAAGAAGACGGAAGCGACGAUGAUUGUGGAGGUGAAGGCGGGGCCCAGGGAGUUGGUUGUGAAUCUUGUGAUGAAUAUUGGACGGUGGAGAAUGGGAAAAAGGUCUCGAGGCGAUACUGUGAUGAUGAUGAUGGUGAUGAUCAUCAGGAAGCUGUUGGGGAUGGGCCCGUUAAUUAGCAUUUCUUCGUUUUACCGAUAUUAGCAUUUAUAUGAAUUUUUAAUUUUUAAGU